AUUUUCUACAAAGCAACCCCCCUUUAUUUUUUAUUUCUUUUCUUUUUUUUUGAAAACUCCUAAUCCAAUGCCAUCAGACCGAGAUCGACGCUAUGGUCGUCCGAGUCAACGACGUACAACAAAGACGAAUGGCUCUACUCCAUACAAAUAUUCUUUAAGUGGAUCACGAUCGGAUUCAACCAUCAUGAAACCAUCGCGUUCCGAUCGCGAUAACUUAAAAAAACGUAAACGCAGCAUUUCUUCACGGUCUGCCUCGAUAAUCGAUGAAAGCGAGGAAGAAGAAGAAGAUCCCAACGACUAUAAAAAGGGAGGCUAUCACCCCGUCCAAGUGGGUGAACUGUACAAAGACGGUCGAUACAAAGUUAUCCGUAAACUUGGAUGGGGUCACUUUUCAACCGUCUGGCUUAUCCAAGAUCUAAAGUAAGAUUUUGUUUGCUAUCUUUUCUCUCUUUCUUUCUAUCUAUACUAUACUUCUUUCUACACCUUCGUUUUCUUUUUCCCCCCUCACCUCAUCCU